AUGCCACCUCCUUGGACAUCCCCAACGAUCGGCUCCCAACCUGUGGCUCUGCUCGGGGCCGGGGUUUUGGGCCGUCGAAUCGCUUGCGUCUUUGCUUCCGCUGGAUACAAUGUGCACCUGAGAGACCCCUCCAGUGAUGCCCGAAGCGCUGCGUUGGACUACAUCUCCAAAAACCUCGAUGAUUAUUCCAACAUGUCCAAGGGUGACCGCGUAUCUGGACAGUACCGAGCAUUUGCCGACCUGGACAGUGCAGUGCGCGAUGCCUGGUUGGUAAUAGAGGCGGUUCCUGCAAAAAUCGACACCAUGGGCGAGGCGGACCAGAAGGCUCCUGCUGACUGCAUUCUGGCCUCGAAUUCGUCUUCAUUCAAAUCGAGGUUAAUGCUGGACAAAAUCAGGGCUCAACGCCGGCCCUUGGUGUGUAAUGUGCAUUUUGCAAUGCCGCCAGAGGUCCGCAAUGUGCUUGAGGAUUGCGGCAUGCUUCCUGUCACGGCGCGCAAAGAGUCGACAGGCUUCAUUUUCAACCGUCUAUGGGCCGCAGUCAAGUGCGAAAUCAUGACUAUCCUCGCUGAGGGUAUCUCGGAGCCAAAGGAAAUUGACAAGCUUUGGCUAAAUAUGUUUAACUCCAAGAACCCUGGUCCUUGUGCCUUGAUGGACCAGGUCGGCCUCGACACCGUGACAUUCAUCGAAGACAACUAUGCCCAAGAACGACAUCUCGACACCGCCCUGACUGUUGACUGGCUGCGAUAUAAUCAUGUGGCGCAAGGAAAACUUGGUGCCAAAGCCCCAAAGGACAUUGCAUUGGCCAACUGCUCCGGCCAGAUCUUGCGCAGGACAGGGAAUGACAAACAGGCAACUGCCGUCGUAUCGGGGCUGAAAUGUCCGGACAGCAUCGACUUCUCAUUGUCUACGGGCCGCAUGUUCUGGACGAACAUGGGACUGAAGACGUCGACCUGCGAUGGCUCUGUCAUGUCCGCGAACCUCGACGGAAGUGAUGUUCAGACACUAAUCCCGGAAGGCUCAGUCCAUACGCCGAAGCAGCUGGUCGUCGAGGACAAAAACCGCAAAAUCUACUUUUGUGACCGUGAGGGCCUGGGCGUUCAUCGCUGCGAUUUCAACGGCCAAAACCAUGAGAUUCUGGUCCUACGAGGAGAUUGCAACAUAGCAGAUCAGGAGGAUCAGCCGCGGUGGUGUGUUGGUAUUGCUGUAGAUACCAAACAUGGCAAGUUCUACUGGACGCAGAAGGGACCGAGCAAAGGCAACGUGGGGUGUAUUUUCCGAGCCAACAUCGAUAUGCCCGCUGGCGAAAGUUCCUCGAAUCGAUCCGAUAUCGAAUGUCUCCUCAAGGACCUGCCGGAACCAGUUGACCUGGACAUCGAGCCAGAGACGCGGAUGUUUUACUGGACUGAUCGUGGCGAACAUCCCACUGGCAACACGCUGAACCGAGCGUGUGUUGGUGAUCAGAAGCCACAUGCACAGAUCUUGGCCAGGCAUUUCCAUGAGCCUAUUGGGCUGAAUAUUGAUUCCACUCACCAGCACAUCUACGUGUCGGAUCUCGGCGGCACCCUCUAUCGCUUUGGUAUAGAUGGCAGUGAUAGAACCGUUGUCCAGAGUGACGACGGCUGCUACACUGGCAUUGCUUUAGUAUAA